GCAUGACACAAUGUGAAAGUAAAGCACGGUCGUUCAGCUUCAAGACCAAACUAGAAGAUCUCAGAUACGCACACUAGCUAUAAUUAUUUUACUUUUUAGAAAAAAAGAAAAAAAAAACUGUUACAUGUAAAGCAAAGUAUUAAACAGUAUGUUUUCGUAUAAUACAUCUUCUGUUUGGUUAAGUUAGUUUCUACUGUAUAUUCCUUUCUGUGUAUUAUCAUCUGCCUAGUGUGAUGGACGCGCCCAAAUUCCACCGAAUUUGAAUGAAACUACAGUAUUUCUAUUUCAUCAUGAAGACUCUCUCCGCUUCAAAAAAGUAUAUUCAGAUUUUAGGAGUUUGUUUAUUCUGGUUUGCACAGACGACUUGGAGUAACACAUUUAAAGAAUGUAUUGAAGUGAUAGACAAUCUGGAAAUAAAUCAAUACCAGGAGCACUGUUUUUGCUACAGAUUAAAUACGACAGUAGGAUGGAAGGACAUCUGGUCAACAUUCCAGGAGGCUGUGUGGUCCAGUGGUUAAAGAAAAGGGCUUGUAACCAGGAGGUCUCCGGUUCAAAUCCCACCUCAGCCACUGACUCAUUGUGUGACCCUGAGCAAGUCACUUAACCUCCUUGUGCUCCGUCUUUCAGGUGAAUGUGCAAAGCCGUGACGAUGUCCACAUUGUUUUUCCUAUGGAAGAUAACAAUUGUAAAGACCCAGAGCGAUUCAUACAUUUUAUUCAGUGUGUUUUAAGAUUUUAUUGGCCUUUUCCAAAUGCAUCAGCUAAACCAAGCUUAACUAUUGCACAUACUGAUGAGGAAGUCUGCUUUGGAGUAAAAUCAGUCAAGCCCUCUGUUAAAUACUCAGUGCGUGUAACCGGAAAAAAGCAUGAUCUGUAUCGUUUUUCCCUGUUUGUGAUUGGAAUAUUGCUGUUCGUUUCUGCACGCAGAUUAUGCAGGAACACUGUGUUUUAUUACACUGUAGGUAUUUCUCUGGGCGUUAUCUCCAUAUUCGUUCUUACUUUGUUCGUACUUAAAAGGUUCAUACCAAAGAAAAAGACAUUUUUGUUUAUGCUCAGUGGAUGCUCUUAUCUAUCCUACAUGGCGGUCCAGCAGAUAGUGAAUCACUGGGGUGAAAUAAGGACAGAUUACUGGAGAUACGCAGUUGGUUACCUGUUAUUUUCUGGAUUUCUCAGCUUUGCUGUCUGCUAUAAGCAUGGACCAAUAACAAAUAGUCAAAGCUUAAACCUCCUGACCUGGACACUGCAGAUCAUCGCCCUGCUCUUAAUGUACCUCGGGAUUACAUAUCCUCCUGCUGCAUAUGCAGUCAUCACCAUUUUAGUCGCUUCAAAAACCCUGGCUUUUGCAAGGUGUUUGAUUUGCAGUUUCUACAGAAAAAUAAGAGGGAUGUUCCCAAUUCCAAAAAGCAGCUUUAAAGCAAAGGAACUGGAAAUCAGACUGCUUAGUGAAGAGGAAUACAGAGAACAGGGUGACACUGAGACCAGAGCAUCCUUGCAGGAGCUGCGUGAAAACUGUUUGAGGCCAGGAUUCCCUGCAUGGGAAGCAGUGUCAAGACUCCACUCUCCUAAAAGGUUGGCUGAGUUUAUACGAGGGGGUUCCCAUGUGACUGAUGAAGAGAUCCUUGAGCACGACAAACAGUACUGUUUGGGCGGCACCUACUUUGAAGACUGGAUCUUUUCCACUAGAGACGAGGAGCAGGGUGAUCAAGAUUGGCCAAAUCCACUGCAAUCCCAAGAGGAUGUUGAUGAGGGAGACCUGGAGUAUUACGAACCCACGGAACAGAGCAAUUUAGCACCAGUUGAUUUAGAUUUAUUCUAAAGUCACAAAGUGGUCUAGCUGAAUGAUCUCCUAUAUCACUAAAUAAAAUAAAAAUGUGUAGAAUAAAGAUAAACACUGAUUUAGAUGAUCAGAAUAGACCGUCGCCUCAGAAAAAUUAUUUUCAGAUCUUAGCUUCAUUAAGAAUUUAGGUGCAUGUUUUAAUAAUAUUCUAUCCCGAUUGCCUUUUUUACUUGACAAUUUGCUUACCUUAACUUUGUUUUUAUUACAAUAACUUAAUCAGUUAUCUAGAUAACUGAAUACCUUGUUGAAACAUAUCAGGCUUGCCUCGGCAUUGUGAGGUCAUUUUAAAUGUGCCAUUGAUAUUAACCCGUUAAACUCAGGUCAAUGUUGAGCAACAGCCAUUAACCCUUUAAGGUACAAGGGUGCAUGAAACAGGGUUUACAAUUUGCCGACAGGUUGGAUUUGUUUUAUCCAAAUUGCCAGUUUCCUUGUAAUACUUGAGUCACUCUUAAAUGUCUUAAGAAAAAAAUGUUAGAACAACUGCUCAUUUCCUUGUGUACUUUAAGGGAUUAAAGUACUCACAGGUAGUUUAUGUUGUUUUUGCACUAAGAGGACCAUGUUCUUCUAUGACACUUUUAAACUGAGUGUAUAUAUUAGACACCCACUGAGGUUUCUAGAAUGUUUGAUACAAGUACCUGUCCAUUAGACUCGUGGCAGAUUAGCAAAAAACUAAAUGUAAAAUACUGCAGGAGGGAAUUAUCUAAAUUAAAACACACCAAGUGCUUUUUUAACAUUUUUAAAAUGCAGUUAUUUUUUUUUUAUCAGUCCAAGCUCCAAAUGUUUGAUGUAUUAUGAAAAAUAGAUUAAGAGUGGCUGCGUUUUUGUAAAAAAAAAAAAAAUCUCAAACUGCCAUGCAACAGGAGUCCUAUUUCCAAAUACCGUGGUAUAUUAUAAAUAGUUUUCAUUCAUUUUUAACACCAGCAUGUAUUUCUGUAUUUUUUUUUUCAAUUUGUUAAAUGAAAAAUAAGUAAAUGUUUUAUUCCUGAAAGUUUUUAAAGUUGGUUAUGGGUAUGCUUAACAUUUGUUUUGA